AUGUCUUCCCAAGACGUCGCCAGCCCGGCCCUCGUGGCCACCACCACCGCCCUGGCCACCGUCUCCUUCCUCGCACUCGCCCGUGCCCUUCUCUACCCUGCCCGCCCGAGCAGAAUCCGGAAUCCCCUCAGCGAGGGCGUCUACGCCAAGAGCCGCGCCGACGAGACCAGACACCUUGUCUACCAGCCGGACCAGUUCCCCGGAGCCCGAGACGUGGAGACUCCGUAUGGGAGCAUGCGGGUCUAUGAGUUUGGCCCCGAGGAUGGAGAAAAGGUCCUGUUUGUUCACGGAAUCAGCACCCCGUGUGUCACUCUUGCGCCUCUGGCCAACGCAAUCGCCAAGCGAGGCUACCGUGUGAUGCUCUUUGAUCUCUUUGGCCGUGGAUUCUCAGAUGGUGUGGCUGACCUCCCCCAUGACGCCCGCCUCUACGUCUCCCAGAUGCUCCUCGCCUUGGCUUCGAGCCCCCUGGCCUGGACCGGCAACGGCGCCUUCCGUCUCGUCGGCUACUCCCUUGGUGGUGGCAUCGCCGUGCACUUUGCCAACGCCUUCCCUGACCUGGUCCAAGAUCUUGUCCUCCUCGCUCCUGCGGGUCUCAUUCGUGCCGCUUCCUUCGGUCACGUCUCCCGCUUCCUCUUCCAAACUGGUCUGGUUCCGGAGCGUAUCCUCGCUGUAGCCACACGCCGGCGACUUCAGCAGCCCAUCGCCGCCUCAGCAAGGCAACCCGACAAGACGGCCAUCGAGAGCAUCACCACUCCGCCACCUGUGGCCGUUGCUGAGGCUGAGGUCGUGCCCGCGUCUGGUGAGCGUGUCACACCCCUGGAACAGCGUGUGAUGGAGUACGUUCGCUGGAUGGUGGUCAAUCACCACGGCUUCGUCCCCGCCUUCAUGUCGAGCAUUCGCUUUGCACCCCUGACUGAGCAACAUCAAGCGUGGGAGAAGCUAGCCAAGCGUGCCCCUGGCACCACUGCCAUCUUUCUGGCUGCCGCUGAUGAGAUCAUCAACGUUGAAGAUUACCGUCGUGAUGCGCUGCCUCUGGUUGGCGGCGAGGACAAGGUGCGCUGGCGCGUGUUGCCUGGCAGCCACGACUUUGUCAUGACGCACGUGGGUGAUAUUCUCCGAGAGAUCGAUGACAUGUGGCACGUCAAGGCGUAA